GACAACACGGGAGUUCUUUGCUGAAAACUAUGUUUUACAGAAUUAGCUUUAAUUCGAGAAAGAUACUUGCAUUAACAGCAACACCUCAACGACUAAGCCGAAAGUUUUACACCUGCAAUGGCUUUUUAUAUUUGUUAAGAUUACGGAAACAUAAUAGCAAAUCCUUGCAUUGGCAUUUUACACGGCAAUAUGAAACAACAGCAACUAGCGGGAGCAUUAAUAAUGGUCGAUAUACAAAAAAUAAUUAUGACAAAACAGAGGUGGAAACUUUGAAAAAAAAUUCAGAGAAAAUAAAGCUUGAGGCUGCCUCAUCUUCAAAUGAAAAUCAAAAGUUGGUGAAUAUUCUACGCCAACAAGUAUCUAAAAAAAAACCGUUGGAGACAAUUUGGAAAACUUAUACACAAACAUCAAAGAAAAACGCGUUAAAUUUAUUGACCUAUAUUGACUACAUAGAUUUGCUUACGGCACUAAAAACUUAUGAAAAUGAUUAUCUUGUCUCGAUUUUUCUAAAUAAAAUUUAUGAUGACCUCAGAUAUAUGAGAUUAAACUUAAAAAGUCAAGCAUAUAAUUUAAUACUUCAUCUUUCUGGACAAUGCGGAAAUUUUAAAAGAGUGGAAAUGCUUUUAAUAGAAAUGAGAAAUAGGGGUAUUUCGGCUGAUGUGAACACUUUGAACUCGCUAAUUUCUACUUUUGUACAUAUCAGAAGGUUAGAUUGGGCAAUACCAAUUUUUCGAGAGAUGCAACAUGGAUUGGUUAAACCGAAUAUUGAGACUUACAAUAUAUUAUUAUUAGUAUCUAUUCAAGAAUGCGAUUUUAAAGGAGCGCAUUACUUAUUGAAAGAACUGGAGCGUGAAGAUAUAAAGCCAGACAUUACGAUUUACAAUAAACUCGUAGAUGCUUACUUGAAAAAAGAAGAUCCUGCGGGGGCCAAUGCGUGUCUAGAUAUGAUGGAAUCAAAAGGUUUUGCACCCGAUAUUUCAACAAUUAAAACUUUAAUUACUCAGUUUUGCGAGCAAAAUAGUUUUCAGCCCGCGCUAAGACUUUAUGACAAAAUAUUUAAGUUGAAUUUGAGGCCGGAUGAAUAUAUUAUCGAUUCUCUUGCGGCUUGCUACGAACGUUCAAAAAAAGACAAUCAAAAAAAGAGAAAAAGGAUUAUAUCGGAUAACAAAUAA